AUGCAGAUGGGCUGGCUGAAAGUGCACCUGCAGGCAUCGCAGCUCCUCACCAUGCUCAAUGAAACAGAGGGAGAAGAGCGAGAAGUAAGCCAGAGAGAGGGGGAGAGAGAGAGUGGAGGAUCAAAAGAGGGAAAAGUGAGAGACGCUGUCACUGACGCUACUUUUGGCGUCCUGCUCGGUGUGUUUGUGGUCUGCGGCCUGGCUCUGCUCGGCCUCCUCUCCUUCGUCUCCUGGAAGCUGUGCUGGGUGCCUUGGCGGACGAAGGCCCACUUCCCCAGCCCGCCCCUCAGCCCGGCCUGCGGCCCGCAGAUCUGCCCUCUCCAGCCGCCCCCCCUGCUGCCCAGUCCCCAGCAGUCUCCCGUCACCAUGGCGACAGAGAAGGUGAAGGACCCCAUGGGCUCGGUGGGCUUCCUGGAGGCCGCGGUGAAGAUAAGCCACACUUCCCCCGACAUCCCCACCGACGUGCAGCUCUCCAUGAGGGAGCACUUCCUGCGCCGCACGCAGCGCAUGCAGAGGCAGACCACCGAGCCGGCCUCCUCCACCCGGCACAAUUCAUUUAAGAGACACCUGCCCCGGCAGAUGCAGGUGGGCAGUCUGGACCUCGGAAACGAUUACGUGGUGGACAAAGACGAAAAGCCCACCAGCAUCGGCCGCAUCCAGCCGGAGCUCUACCAGCAGAAGGCCCUGGAUUCAGAGGACUCGUCCAAGAACGGCAGCAACAAAAACUGUGGCAGGAUCAACUUCUCCCUCAAGUACGACUACGAGAACGAGGCCCUCCUCGUCAACAUCCUCAAAGCGGUGGACCUACCUGCCAAGGACUUAUGCGGCACCUCUGACCCGUACGUGAAGAUUUACCUGCUGCCCGACCGCAAGAAGUUCCAGACCCGCGUCCACCGGAAAACGCUCAACCCCAUCUUCAGCGAGAGCUUCCAGUUCCCUGUGCCUUACGAUGAGCUGGCCGCCAGGAAGCUCCACAUGAGCGUCUUUGACUUUGACCGAUUCUCACGGCACGACAUGAUCGGGGAGGUGGUGCUGGAGAACCUGUUCGAGACGUCGGACCUUUCCAGGGAGACCAACAUAUGGAGGGACAUCCAGUACGCCACCAGUGAGAGCGUCGACCUUGGGGAGAUCAUGUUCUCGCUGUGCUACCUGCCCACCGCAGGCAGACUCACACUCACUGUCAUCAAGUGCAGGAACCUCAAGGCCAUGGACAUCACGGGAUACUCGGAUCCCUACGUCAAAGUGUCGCUCAUCUGCGACGGGAGGCGUUUGAAAAAGAAGAAGACGAGCAUCAAAAAGAAUACCCUGAAUCCCACCUACAACGAGGCCAUCAUCUUCGACAUCCCGCCGGACAGCAUGGACCACGUCAGCCUGCACAUCUCCGUCAUGGACUAUGACUUGGUAGGUCAUAACGAGAUCAUUGGCGUGAUGAGGCUUGGAUGCAGCGCGGAGGGGCUUGGCAGGGACCACUGGAACGAAAUGCUGGCUUAUCCGCGGAAGCCAAUCGCACACUGGCACCCCCUGAUGGAGUCCAAGAAGUCUGAGAAGGAAUGGAAGGCGAGGACAGCCAGCUUUGACAGCCAGGGCUCCUGCCCCUCACCCCGGCCCCCCGCUAGCCCCUGAGCUGAGCCACCUGUGACCCGGCAGCCCAGAAGGGGGUUUCCUCCCUCCUGCUGAUCCACUUCCUGUCUGUCUGAUUGAGGAGAAACACAACCCCGCCGUGUCUCCCCGUCCCCCUGUCUUCGUCCCGUCCCCCCCCCCCACCGCCGUCCCUCUCUCGUCCCGGAGCACUCCCGAGAACUGGUCCCGGACCGUUGUCAGUCAGUUUAGUUGUGUGAAGCGCAGUCUUUUCGGGUUCAAAAAAAAAAUUUCAGAU